UUAAUAAGAGAUAAUACUGUAAUGUAUAAUUAAGUAGUUAAGAAACCCUUUAAAUAUCAAUUUCAAAUAUGUCACUUUCACACGACCUCAAAUCCCGACAUCCUAUAUACAACAGAGAAGAGUGUUUACAAAUUUAAAAGCCCGUCUGAAUCUUCCUAAGGAAGAAAAAUGAAAUUUUGGUUGCUAUUUUAAUUAAUCUGUACCAGCCGUAUCUUUGUUUCUUUCAAGGUAACAGUUAUUAGUAUAAAGUCAAUGGAAAAGUUAUUACCAUAAAUCGUAUGUCAUCUACUCUCCUCAAUCGUUCCAGUAGCUUUCUGCAACUGGAUCUAAAUAGACCUUAUAAUGACGAUAAUCCUAUUAGGAUUGCUCUACUCGGAGGGCCGAAAUCAGGUAAAACAUCAAUUAUAUCAAAAUUAUCGUUAAAUAACUUUAGAGACACUUAUUAUCCAACUCAUCAGAUCCAACCCAUCUUAUUCCAAUUCACCCCUUCUACAGAUUUAGCAAAAUCGAUUUUAGACGAAAAUGAAGCUGAAUAUACGUUACAAGAGAUCACAACACAUAGAAAUAAUAUAUCCAUAGGUCCUGUCAUUUACGAUGCAUAUCAUAAAACUAUUCAAAACAAACAUAUUAAAACUGUCAGUACCAAUCCUAAUAGGAAACCUAAAGAUAAUCUCAGCUCAAGUUCAAAAGUCAUUAUAAAUUCAAAAAAUCCUUAUUAUUUAUCAUACAAUACAAAUAAAUCAACAACUUAUAUCCCACCUAAUAUCACUCCAAUCUUGGUGGAAUUAAUAGAUACACCUCCUUUUGAUCCUCAAUUAGUGGUUCCCUUUUUAGAAGCUUCCCUUUAUAUCAAAUUAGAUAAAGAAAUCCUUCAUAAUUUAGCCAAUGAACCAAGAAAACCAGUUUCAACCAAUCCAUUAUUAGUAGCCAGUGGAGCUAGUGAAUUGAAUGGGAAUAUCGAUGGUUAUUACUUUGUUUAUAGUGCAGUACCAUCUCACGAUCCACCAUCUUAUGAAGAAAUCACCAGCACUAAUUCUAAUUCAAGUGGUGGUAGUGGUAAUAGUAUUAGAAGUGUACCAAGUCAUCAUGACUCUGAAAUUCCUGUUUUAGAAGAGUUACCAGGGGAUAAGACAUUUAAUCUAUUAUCGAUUAUGAAAGGUGCCUUAGAUGAAGCAUGGAGAGAAUAUUAUACUUUUAAAAGAAGAUGGAAUCAAGGUAAAGAACAAGAUAUAUUUUCUAUAAAGACUGCUUUAAAGAAUUUAUGGCAAGACAAAAAUCUUACCGAAAUGGAAACUAUGAGAAAGGAAUUAAGAAAAGAUAUUAAAUUGAUUGAUAAUUCCAAAGAUCCAUCUGAUCCAGAAUGUCCUCCUCCAAUUUGGAUAAUCUGUACUCAUAUAAAUAGUCCAUUUGCAUCACCUAAAUUGAUUGAAAAUGGUCAAAAGAUUGCUAAAUUUUGGAAAUGUGGAUUUGUAGGCAUUGAUAAUACUAAUGACAAUAUUGAUGAAGCUUUAGCUUUAAUAAUUAGGGAAAUUAUGGAACGGAAAAAGUUACAAAAGGGUAAGAAAAGGUAAAAAUUAGAGUAAAUAAAAUAAACUAUUCUUUUAUAGUAUUUAAUAAAUGUACUUUACAAAAGAACGAA